AUGGCGUCUUCCCAUGAGAAUAAAACUGUUCUUUUCCGGGCCAACCCCGCCACUCGGGACGCGGAUGCUGACCUCGAUAUCAUUGCCAUCCACGGCUUGGACACGCAGUCACCCGGGACAUGGACCUACUCCAAAAGUCCGGGCGAAGACGUCAACUGGCUGCUUGACGAGAAUAUGCUCGCAGCGAGGGUCAAAGGAGCUCGAAUUUUCACCUGCAACUGGCCCGCCGAGCUGCUCCAAAAACCCGACACCAUUGCAACGACACUCGAGGAGUCGGCGCGGCAUCUGCUCAACUCACUCACCCUUCACGUGGCAGAAGGCCGCAGGGAAACACCCAGGAGACCAAGACGGCCUAUCCUUUUCAUCGCCUCGUGCCUUGGAGGCAUCAUCUUAAUCAAAGCUCUGGCAAGAGAUCCGAAGCUGGAUAGUGAUGAGCGGGACCUCACGGCUCUCCGGAAAGCGACCCGGGGCAUUGUUUUUCUGGCCACGCCGUUCCGUGGCACGUCGUUUAAAGAUAUUCCCGGGUUCGUCUUGCCUCUCUGGGCAUGGUUCGGUGGCCGCUCGGUAUCGGCUUUGAUCGAUUGCACGAGGGAGCCGCCAUCCCAUCUCGACGAGCUCGUCCAUCACUUUGUAGAGCUACAACGUAAACACGACAUACACGCCGAAUGCUUCUGGGAGGGAAAGAAGACUAAUCUGCUACGAAAAGUGUGGCUGUGCUGGGUCUUUUCCCCUUACCUACACAUAGUCUGGAUAGUGGUAUUACUUACUGCUGUGUUACUGGCGGCUUGGCAACUGCUUGUAUUGCAUACUACUUCACAAGUUCAUCAUUUCACGCCCUGGCUGUUGGUCGUCUACUCCCAAUGGUUAUCAGGCGCUAGAGCUUGUCAGCCAAAAGAGCUGGUGCACAAAGAUUCAGCCACUUUGACAGGAGGGAGAGGACAGCGUCUCGAUCGACCCCACGUCCUAAUGAACAAGUUUGGUGGCCCCGAGUGUCAAGAUUACUCGACUGUCGCGAAAACCAUUGAGCAAAUGGCUGUAAAGAUCCGAGAGGGGAGCCUCCUCAACAGAGCGGAUCGCAUGAUUAAAGAAAGAUAUUUUGACAGUGGCAAGCUGAAGAUUAAAAGAUUGUCGGGCAAUCUUCUUGCCAUGAAAUCAUGCUACAUUAACCUCGCUAUUGUCGAAAAGACUGGCGACGGUAAGAGUCAUGAGGCAGAUGACUCGGUGUCUUUUUCGCUCUUGGAUCGACAAAAAGUUGGGAUACCCGAAGAGAUACGUCAGGUCGAUUUAUCAAAGAUAUUCGACGCUCAGCAAAAUAAAGGGGGGAAGCAACCAAGACGUAUCCUGAUUCGGGGACGCGCGGGAGUCGGCAAGACCACAUUAUGCAAGAAAAUAGUCCACGAUUUCUAUACACCAGAAACUGAGCUACAUUGCUCAUGGACGAGAUUGUUCGAUCGCCUUCUCUGGGUGCCUUUGCGAAAUCUUAAAUUGGGCAACACACGGGACACCCCAGGAUACAACCUUGAGAAGCUCCUUUUGCAUGAGUUCUUCUCGCGACCAACCAGCGAACCCGAAUUCGCUAGAGAAGUAUCGGAAUCAAUGACAGCAGUCGCCAAUAGGACCCUAUUUCUCCUUGAUGGUCUUGACGAGAUUUUACACGACUUGAGUUCUAGUGGCGACAUGUAUGCUUUUGUCCAGGAGUUGUUGAGUCAACCAAACGUCAUCAUCACAUCCCGGCCGUCUGCAGCAGGUCUUUCCAGGGGCGUGAGCCCUCCGGACCUCGAGCUGGAAACUGUUGGCUUCUAUCCAGAUCAGGUUGAUGAAUAUGUCAGAAUGGCCUUCGCCGACACGCACAAAGUCGAGCAAGUGCGCAACUUUCUCAAACAACAUUGGCUGAUUCAGGGUCUGGUGCGAAUUCCAAUUCAGCUAGAUGCCCUCUGUUAUACUUGGAAUGACAGACUAGAAACGGUGCCAGACACCAUGACUUCCAUGUACGAGUUGAUCGAGCUCAAGCUGUGGAAGAAAGAUGUAGUCCAUCGACUAGGAUUAAGACGUGAAGAUAAUGAGCCUCUUAGCGAAGACGAUCUUCAGAGCGUCGGGCGGGAAUAUGUUGAAAAGCGUGUUCCGGAAGAGAUGAGCUUAUUGGAGGGCCUGGGAUUCAGCGGACUAAUCAACAACAUUAUUGAUUUCCAAGAGACACAUGUGAAGAUGAUAGCUGGCCAAUCCUCAGCCGGCUUUCUUUACAGCAAGACUUGUCGAGAUGUUUCCUUUUUGCGAUCGUCAGACUCGUCCCUAGCGACAGCGGACCAAAGACAUCACUUCAUACACCUCACAUUCCAGGAAUAUUUCGCGGCGCGGUAUUUUGUUAAGCAGUGGAAAUCGAAGCGUAAUUUGGUCACUAUUCGGUUUAAAAACGAAGCGAGGUCCAACAUUGUCGAUGUGAGCGUUGAGGACUUUGUGCGCGACGAAAAGUACAAUGCAAGCUACGAUAUCUUCUGGCGCUUUGUCGCCGGCUUGCUCGGUGAAAAUGAUGACCAAAUCUGUGACUUCUUCUACAUGGUCCAAAACGAGCCGCGCGACCUCCUUGGCCCGGUCCAUCAACGGCUAGUAAUACAUUGUCUCAGUGAAAUCUCAUUGCAGAAGGUGCCCAAGUUCCAGAAGUUUUACCAGCAGCUCGAGUACGAAGCGAAACAAUGGCUAUUAUUGGAACUUCGAGUGAACUAUCGCUCGCGACUAGCAGCUGAGAUGGAAUUUCCAGACAAGAUUCUAGCGGAAGCUUUUGAAGCGAAAUCAGAAGAAGGAUUUCGGGAGCUCAAAUCUAGCCUAUAUAACUCAUUGCAUGACAGACCGGUGCUUCCCUUGGCAGUGAUGGACCACAUAACUUCUUGUUUGGUGAAUUCCGAAAAAGAUCUGGGAAGUGCUCUUCGUCUACUUCAAUUUGCUCCUAGAAGCGCGUCGGAGAAGAUGAUCCGUACGAUAGUAAACUUGCUAAAGGACGAUGACGAAGAGGUCCGCCAUCAGGCCGCCAACAUCUUGUGGGAACAAUCAGCACUGCCGCAAGAUGUGUUUCAAGCCAUAGUAAGGCUAGCAACAGGCCCUAAUAAAGAAAUUCGUCCACAGGCCCUUCAGAUCCUGAAGAAGCAAACCACGCUGCCACAAGACGUGCUUCAAAGCUUGGUGGACUUGUUGAAGGACGACUGCGACUACGAAGUGGUUCAAAUCUUGGGUGCGCAAUCAGCACUGCCGCAAGAUGUGGUUAAAGCCCUAGCGAGCCUGCUGAAGGACCCUGUCAAUGACGUUCGCAGGGGGGCUGUUUGGGCCUUGGGGACGAUAACCGCGCUGCCGCAAUACGUGGUUCAAGCCCUGGUAGACCGGCUUCACGACUCUGAUAAUUAUGUUUGUUUAAGUGCCGUCUCUGCCUUGUAUAAGCACUCAUGUCUCUCGCAAGAUGUGCUUGAAGCAUUGAUGAAGAUGCUACAGAGCCCUGACAAAAGAGUGCUUUUAUCCGACGAAGAAGUGGAAGACGCCGAAAAGUCGUGUAAACGCCUACUGGAAGAGGUGGCAGCAGUCUUGCUCUCGCGGGCCGCGCCGUCGGACGACGUCUUUCAAGCAGUGAUGGAUUUGCUAAAAACGGUCCCGAAAUCACCCAGCAAUCCAUUGCCGGACCAUCCUAAUGCAGUCGUGUGGACGGAAGCGGCGCGGGCCGUGUGUAGGAGGCCGUAUGAGGAGGCGCUGCCGGAGGAAUUGACUUUGGCGCUUGAAUAUCUGCUCAAAGACUCGGACAAAUGGGUAUGUACUGCUGCAUUACUUGUCUUGACAGAUCAGCCCGGUCCGUGGCGUCUCGGUCUGCAGGAGGAGCUUGCCAAGGUGGCUGUCGACUUGCUCACGGAUUCUGAAGAAGACGUACGAAAGAGUGCCAUUUUUUACGGUAGCCAACUAGUAGAGCUGUCUGAAGAGGUGGUUCAGGCCGUGGCAAAUCUGCUAGAGGAUCCCGACACAGACAUACGGCUGGAGGCUAUUCGGUCUCUCAACUUUGACAGAGUAGCCAUAACGUUACCAACAACGGUCGUCCAAAGGAUGACAUGCUUACUAGAGGACCACAACGAACACACCAGAAACAGUGCAGUCAGCUCAUUGGCUUCUCACAAAGCCCUUCCAAAGGAGGUGCUUCAGGCACUUGCAUUAACCUUGCACAAUCCUACACCCGAAAGACGAGCCCAGGCAGCAAGAAUUCUGAAUGGCCAAGUAGAGCUACCGCUUGAUGUACUACAGGCAAUCGCCGAUCUGCUCAAGUUUCCAGAGGACACUCCGAGUGAUAAUGGCACUUCGAGUGAUAAUGCCGCCAUGACAGCCUUCGAUCAUCUUGCAGCUUUGCCGGACCAAAGUUUCUGCUCAAAACUUGCCAAGAUGGACGACCAAGGCUUCACCAGACUAUAUCGAGAGUGGCUACGACGAGCCUUUUCAGAUCCCAGUUUUAUCUACGAGAAAAACAAAGUCUACCACAUUCACCUACCCCGUGGACACCAAGAAAUUCCAGUGCCUCAGUUUCAGCGUGCUGUCCAGGCAGCCCAAAAAGCCCUGAAUAUUCCUGAUAUUAAACCAUUAUCAAUCAAAGAUUCGUAUCAGCAGCCCACAUGCCAAGUUGAGCAGGACGAGGUUGCACACAUAGCCGACGCAAGCAUCCGUGAGCCGCCGUCUGCACCGGAGAGUGAGAAACAACCUUGA